AUGGUUGAUGUCCCAACUCGACUUGCCCGGCUGGGCCCCACCAUCGAACGCCUCAUGGCUAUCGGGGGCACGCCUGGCCUGGCACUUGGCGUGUUUACCAAAGGCAACGCGCCCUACUACGCCAACUACGGAUUCAAAGAUGCAGAGAAGAAGCUCAAGGUGACCGAAGACACCGUCUUCCCCGUCUGCUCCCUGACAAAGGCCCUCACCGCCGCGGCCCUGGGAUUGCUCGUGGAGGAGAAAAAGGUAAACUGGGACACCCUCGUCAAAGACGCGCUCCCGGAUUUUCAGUCCCGCGACGCUACCCUGCAGAACCACGCCACCAUCACCGACCUCCUCUGCCACCGCACGGGCAUGGGAUGGGCCGAUAACCUCAUCAUCGGCACCGACGCCAACGUCCUCGUCCCGGCCAAGGACAUGGUCAAAUACGUCAACGACCGCCCGCUUCAGCUCCCUUUCCGCGGCGGUUUCGCGUACAAUAACCUGCACUACGAGCUCGCCGGUCGCAUCAUCGAGGCCGCGAGCGGCCAGUCCUACUACGACUUCGUGAAGACCCGCCUGCUCGACCCCCUCGAUAUGCACCGCACCUUCCUCAAGACCCCGCCAGCGGAGACCGACAAUGUCUCGCGCUGCUACAAUGCCCUCGACGACGCCACUUCCGCGCCCAUCACUUGUCCACGGCUCGGCGACGACUGGUACGGCGCGCCGAGCGGCGGGAUGCGAUCCACCACGAAGGAUCUCGGAAAGCUUUACGGCGCUUUCAUCUCGGCCUUCAAUGACCAGUUCGGCGACAGUCAGGCAGCACCAAGCGAGGGCAACCCUCUGAAGCAGGCGACACACCUCAUGUCCGGCAAGAUCCCGAUGGUGGAGACAUCCAAGCACGAGACGUCGUACGCGCUCGGAUGGGCUAGGGGGAUGCCGACCAUCGGCCAGGGCGCCCACCAGCUGCUCCUCUUCCACCAAGGAAGUCUCCCCGGCGCACUCGCCUUUGUGGGACUUCUCCCGGAGAGCGAAACGGCCGUGGUCAUCCUCACCAACUCGCUCGCCCUCAACGAUGUCGCGGACUGGGUCGGCCAUGUCGUGCUGGAAGAGCUCCUCGACAUCGCCGACAAGUACCGGAACGACUACGUGAGUCUUGCUGAGGCGGCGGUCGCCGAGAAUCUCAAGUGGUACCCCGCCCUCACAAAAGAGCUCGAAGAAGGCAGAAAAGGCGGCGCGCCCCCAAACCUCUCGAGGAAUACGUGGGCACGUACUGGGACCAUAUCCACGUCGUCAAGGUGGAGGGAAGGUGGCAAGAUCACCAAGCUUUCCUGGGCCCACGACGGAGGCGUUCCGCCCGUCGAGUUCAUCAAGGUAUGA